AUGUCGCAGCAGCCUGUGAUGGACGAGGCUACCGUUGGGGCAGACGAAGGCCUUGAUACGGCGAAGACCCUGGAAACAACUCAGGUCCAAGACCAGUACAUCAAGCUACUUCUGAAGAAGAUAGCCCUGCUUGAGGAGCGCCUUUCGGCAAAUAACGACGAUGAUCGUGCGUCACAGAAGAAUGACGGCAAAUCCGAGGCACCUGUUGAAAAGAAUGAUGCCGAGGAGGAAGAAGAACCUCGAUAUGUCAUCAUUGUGAACAAGUGGGAUCCUGACACUGGCGACUACAAAGAUGAUGAGAUCACGAAAAGUAACGAGAAGAAGGAGAUUGGACCCAAACCUCAAAGUCGCAGAGCUUUCACAUUCCGCAAGUCUACCAUGUUUCGACCUCGUUUCAACAUAGUUGAGACGGUCCUGUCGGAAGCCCAGAUUGAGUCUGAGCCAUUGCAGAAGCUGAUUGGCAAGAUAACGGCCAGGCUCGGAACAGAUGAGAUGAUCAAAAGCCUCAGCUCUCCUUUUGCGAGUCUAAUCUGGACGUGGGCAGAGGCUGAAGAGGAAGCAAAGAAGUUCGUGGAGAACGAGACGCCUGAGGAGAAGCAAGCUCGAGUUGACCUCCGCGAGCUCAUGCGAAUCAUCUCCGCAUCUUCAGGUAUCCUACCUCUCGACCAGUACUUCAAAGAGAGAAACUUCUUCGUGGAAGAGAGCACCAUUUCGCACGCAGCUCUGUGGACGCUGUUCCCACCGGGUACCCUGAUCGUCUCACAUCCCUGCCUGGGCGAGCCUCAAAUCUUUACCGUCGAUUCGUGCGAUUCUUUCGUUCGAGAAGAACACACUUUUGACUUGGUAUGCUUCAGCUUCGACUGGACGGGCACAGAGUUUACCAGAGUACCCUUUGAGAUGAAGAUCCGCCAUUGGGGUUCUAAUCGAAAGAGCAUUGUGGAAUUACCGUUCUACCCGCUCAAAUAUUAUACUAGCCCAGAUGAACAAGACAUCUCGUCGGAAGAAGCAAUUGCUCGCCUCAAGAAACGGCUCAUCGCUCGGGGAGAGAAGUUUGUCAAGCUCUGCGAUCCUGGCAAAGGCAAACAGAUGUUUACGUACUCCGGAGAUGCACAUUUCCACGCAGGGCGUAGCUUCAUCGGUAGUAAUGAAGACGAGGGAGGGCGCCGACGGCACGACGAUGAUACUACAUCUUCCACUGACACUGGCAUUGGACGAAACAGUGAGGCUCGAUACAUCCAGAAGAAAAAGGUCGACGGGACCACGAUGGUUGAUUUCACCUCUUUCUUUGAAUACCUGGCUCCCAACACUCCAAUUCUAGGAGACCUUUCCCAGUUUCGUGGCCAACUGGAGAACCUCUCGCCCGAGAAACGCGCCAACCCGAUCUACAGAGAUAUGUACAAGACCCAUUGGGACCGACACGCCUCUGACACAGCCAUGUCGGCAGAUCAACUCAUGCAUUGUCCUCCAAGAGUCCUCGGAUACGCGCUGAAGCAGAAGAAGUGGGCGCAGCUGCUGGUGGAAAAGCUCAAUCCUCCUAACGACGCCGACGCAAGUGUAUUCCGCGACAAGCUGCAACUCGACUCGGACUCUAAAGAGCUGGUCAAAUGGUCCGUGCAAGCACAUGAAUACGGGAAGGAGACCGAUGCUAAGGGCGUAUCCAAGAGCCUGCAAGAUUUUGCGCCGGACAAGGGGAAGGGCCUCGUCAUCAUGCUCUACGGUCAUCCCGGUGUUGGAAAGACACUAACCGCAGAGAGUGUAGCUCUCAUGGCCGGCAAGCCUUUACUUUCCGUCGGAGUAUCUGACAUCGGAAUUGAAGGCGACAAAGUUGAAGCAAACUUGCAAAAGGUGUUCGACCUCGCAGGAAAAUGGGAAGCCGUACUUCUCUUCGACGAAGCGGACGUUUUCCUUGAAGCGCGCGGUCGCGGCGAGAACGAUCUGAGGCGCAAUGCCAUGGUGUCCGUACUCUUGCGGGUACUAGAGUACUACGACGGCAUACUGAUCCUCACUACAAACCGCAUGAGAUCUUUCGACAUCGCUGUUCAGAGUCGCAUUCACAUUGCAAUCAAAUACGAAGAACUCAUGCAAUCCCAACAAAUCGCCAUUUUUGAAUCCUUCCUCGAGCAACUUCGCGACAAAAAGCUCGUUCAUAACUACAAAGAUCUCAUGCAGUGGGUCGAGAAAGACAGUCGCAAGCUCGGAUUCAAUGGCAGACAGAUCAGGAAUGUUGUGUCGACAGCUAUGGGUAUCGCAUUGGUGGACGAGGAGAAUGGGGGGAAGCUGAAGAGGGUACAUCUCAUGCGCGUUGCCGAGCAGACGAAGCAGUUCAAGACUGACUUGAUUGCUGAGGAGGAGAUGUAUAAGAGGUUGCAGAAGGGAAUUUCUUGA